AUGUCAACAACUUUAACUCGAAAUGCAAGGCCUAAGACACUGGACCCACAGAAAAAACUCCAGGUAGUUUUCUCCAUCAAUCAAUUAGAAAAGGCCUUGGAAGAAAACAAUGAUAAGCUUGAGCCUGAUGAAAUCCGUAACUUAAUUGACGAAGAAAAGCUACGGCUUCAAGAGGUGAUCAAUCAAAUGAAGGCGAAAGAGAAGGAAAAGUCAGGACAAAAACAUUCAGCGGGAAAUGAAUCUUCAACAUCUACAUCAGCCUCAACUUCUAAAGAUAAGGACAACUCCAAUUUGAACUCUCAUGCAGGCCCUGCCACGUCAUCUGGCGGUAAUUCGGGUGUAGGUGGGUUGGGAGGAUCGUCUGGAAGUUCUUCAUCAGGGGGAGCAAACUCAUCGAUUUUGGUCCCUCCUGUGGAAGUUUGCCCAUUAAAUGCUCCAAAACUGAUACCAUUUCAGAGGCCCGAACAUUAUAUAAGAUUUCCAGUCCACAAAGAAUUUGUCUCUGGGAUUCGCUUAGAGGAUGGAACUGUGGUGCAUUACAACAUGGUUAAAGCUGACGAAGAGUUUUUGCAGAAUUUGUCUGAGCAUAUGAAAACUGGAGUUUCCGAGUUGGACUUCAUUAAAAUGAUUGACUUUAUGGAGAAAAGCACCGGCAGAGGAAGUGAGAUAAGUUUUGAUGAGGCCUUUCAGAUAUGCAGAGAAAGAGGAUUAUCAUCAAUCAAAAACCAACAGGCAUUACUGGUUUAUAAGUAUUGGAGGAUGCGCCGUCACAAGUUGGGAAAGCCAUUAUUACGUCAUUUCUGGCCAAUUACUUCCCCCCAUGAUUCUUCUCCAUAUGCCUGUUUCAGGCCUCGUGUUAGGGAAAAAAUGACUUUGAGGCGCCCAAGGCGAAAUAACAAGGAGACUUUGGAGAAGUUGGAGAAGCUUUUGGACGAUUUUCGCAAGGUCGAGAAAAGCUUUAGGAAGCUCAGACAGAGGGAUGAAAAAAAGCUUCUACUUGCAGAACUUGACACCUGUAUUUUCGACCAAAAGCGGCAUGAGGUUACUGAUCCAUUUUACAGGUGCCCAAUUUGGGACAGGCUGAAAAACUAUAAGCAACAGAAGAGGCAACAAAAGAAGGAGAUGAGGGGUAUUUCCCAGUUCAAUCUAGGAGUGGGGGUUGGUGGUUGUAUUGCUCAACUUUUUACAAGUGGAGUUUCUACACGUUUCGGAACGAGUUCUCCGUUGUUUGCUCAAGGUAUGGAUUUCUCACCUGGUUUAAUCUCGGGAGACUUAAAUAUGUUCAUUAAGAAGUUGUCCUCUGACAUUGGAAGCCUAGACAUGCUUCUUAAAUAUUCUUGGGAGAAUGAAACUUCACUCCUUUCCUAUUAUUAUUAUGGAUCUUUACAACCUAACUCUUCUAUUUUUAAUAUCUUCAAAACUUGUGUUGGCAAACGAGAUCCUGUGGAAGCUAUUAAAAACAAGGAAAGCACGGAUAUGAGUGAUGGCGGCAAAGAUACUACUUUAGCUCAGACACCUGGCCACUCUUCUUCUGACAUUGAGUUUGGAAAGUUAGAUGGAGAAUAUCAACAGCAGAAUCAGGAACAGCAAACACAAUCUACCCUUUCACCUGCUUUCUGCAGAAUUGCUCUUCCAAACUAUAUUCAAUCUAUAUAUAAGAACGGGGUUGACCUUGCUAGAUUAGAACCUUUACAAAGUCUGAGAACUCCAUGUAAACCUCAUAGGCUUGUUCGUAGACGAGGAAGAGGAGGAAGAAUCUGGUUUGAUCGUCAUUCACUUUUUCAAGACAAUUUUGAACCUCAGUUCACUGAUCCAGACAAACUUGAUCUUGCCAGUAACUGCGGUGGAAACAACCAAUUUAUGAUAAGUUCAUACUUUAGGAAAACCGCCUUCAUGUGCGAUAUUAUUGAUGAGCUUUGCACUGAAGGCAACUUUGAUCCUUUUGGUAAUAGUAACAAUGGUAACAAUUCACAAGGAAUCUCGGUUAGUAUUUCCUCGAACUCCAACAGUGUCAGUAUCCAUCACAGUUCAAUAAGCGACCUUCCUAAAUCAACCAAUAGACUUCCCGGGUCUAUAAAUAAUCUUAAUUCUAACCUUGUAGCUGGUUCUAUACCUAUUAAUCCGGCUAUUGGGACAAACAAUAACAGUUUACCAAUGGGGGUUUCUACUGGUAAUCCUAAUUCAAAUAGCAGACCCAUUCCAAGAAAUAUGCCAUAUUUGGAUAGUGAAAUUGCAUGCUAA